AUGGCCACCAUGUCGCUUCAAGCUCUCUCGUCCGCGUCCACCCUCGUCCCAUCGCCGUCUCUUCGUACCACCUCGCCAAACUCCCUUCGCAAGGCCUUCGCCACCGCGGUUGCGCCGAAGCGGACUGUCGUGCGCGCUCUCAAGAGUGACAGUACCGAGGGCGGGCGCGAGCAGAAAGGCGGGAGCGGCGCCUCGUGGGGGGAGCGAUGGCGGCAGCAGCACGCGACGGCGGCGGUGGCGCUGGCGGCAGCAGCGGCUGUGGCGGGCCCCUUUGUGCCUGACGCUGCAUUGGCAUACAUCGGAGGAGGUCCGUACGGUCGCGAGGUGACACGUGGCCAGGACCUGACGGGAAGGGACUACAGCGGGCUGGACCUGCGCGGGCAGGACUUCAAGACGUCCAUUCUGCGCCAGGCGAAUUUCGCCGGGGCGAAUCUCAUAGGGGCGUCUUUCUUCGAUGCUGACCUCACAGGGGCGGACUUCACAGGAGCCAACCUCACUGCGGCUGACUUCUCCCUCACCAGUGCAAACAAGGCCAACUUCACGAACGCCAUUUUGGAGGGCAUUUCCUUCACUGGCAACACGUCCUUCAAAGGCGCCAUCAUCACUGGCGCUGACUUCACAGACGUGUAUUUCCGAGCGGAUCAGAAGGCAUACCUCUGCAGAGCGGCUGAAGGUUGCGGGCUUUCCCUCCCCCGUUGCUUCCACCACCUUUUCUGCCCUUUCCUCUCCAUCACCCCCCUCACUUUUGAAUUCCCCUUGAACCCCUCCCUCCCCAACCCCACCUUACCCCUCCACCUGCCAAGCAGCACCAAUCCUGUCACCGGCAACGACACCCGCGAUACUCUGCUCUGCUAG